AUGGGAUCCUCCAUCGGUAGAGAUUUCGCGGUCAAGACAGUGGCCAUUAUUGGAGCCGGGCCUUGUGGCCUCUCGACAGCCAAGUAUCUGUUGGAUCGGGGCUGCUUCCAGUCCAUCGUCAUCUUCGAACAACAGGCCGAAGUGGGCGGCAUAUGGCGCUAUAGUCGGGAGACGCCCAGGCCGCCUCCGAUUCCUCAGACCGACCCAUUCUAUCCGCCCGAUCCACCUCUGCCGCCCGAGCACGACGGGGGAGGGGCGGCGGCAACACGCAAAGCGCCCACGUACACGACGCCCAUGUACGAGAGGCUGCACGCCAAUAUACCCAAGACGCUGAUGCAGUACCACGACGAACCGUUCCCAGACGAUUCGUGGAUCUUUCCGUCCCGGCAAGACAUCCUACAGUACGUGGUACGCUACGCCGAGGAAAUCCGCCACCUCAUCAAGUUCUGCUUCCGCGUCGACAAGGUCUCCCUGCGGCAAGAGGAGGGCGGGCGGCGCGACCAGUGGGACGUCGAGGCCGCAUCCACCGUGACGCCGGGCGAGACAUUUUCGGGGACGUUCGACGCCGUGGUGGUCGCCAACGGGCACUACGCCACCCCGUUCAUCCCGGCCGUGGAGGGCAUCGAGGCCUUCCACGCGGCGCACCCGGGCGUCAUCACGCACUCGAAAAGCUACAGGUCUCCCGGUCCCCUGGCGGGGAAGAAGGUGGUCGUGGUCGGCAACGGGCCCUCGGGACUCGACGUCGCGCGGCAGGUCAGCGAGGUCGCGGCACGCACGCUGCUGUCGGUCCGUGGUACGCCCACGCCGGCCGACAAGCUGGCGCACGUGCGGGCGGACGAGGUGGCCGAGAUCGACGCCUUCUUGCCCGGGAGGACACGGGCCAUCCGGCUCAAGGACGGGACGGUGGAGGAAGGGGUCGACGCGGUGGUGUACUGCACGGGUUUCCUGUUCAGUUACCCUUUCCUCGUGCCGGACCUGGCGCACGGGUUGCUGACGACCGGUCAUGGCGUGCACGGGCUGUACCAGCACGUGUUCCUGAGGCGGCACCCCACGCUGGCGUUCGUGGGGCUCCUGGUCAAGGCGGUGCCGUUCCAGAUCUCCGAGGCGCAGGGGGCGGCGGUGGCGGCGGUGUGGGCUGGUGCGUUACGGCUGCCGUCGGAGGAGGAGAUGGAGGCGUGGGAGAGGCGGCUGGCGGAGGCGAAGGGGGAAGCGUUGCAUACGUUUGCGAAGCAUGGGGAUGAUGGCUUGUACAUUAACGAACUGCACGACUGGGUGAUGACGGCGUGGUCGUCGGCGGGGCAGAGGAAGAAGCCUCCGUAUUGGGGAGAAGAGACGAUGUGGGAACGGGGCAUCAUAGCGGAUGCCAAGAUGCGAUUUGAAAAGCAAGGCGGGAAUCGUCCAGCGAGGACUCUGGCGGAGCUUGGACUCCAUACAAGAAGAUAA